UUAUGCUUUUAACAGUAGCUAUUUCAUAAUGCUCAUUUUAUAGAUAUUUUCUCCGGUAUUUAUUUUUACUUCGGUGGAUAAAAGAAUUCAAAAUUUUCAUAAAUAGGUAUCUCGUUUCGUUGUGUAAUUUGAACUGGUUCAUUAGGAUUACAUCGAAGGACUAGUAUUCGGGAAGCAAUAACUUAAUUUCCUGAAUAGUAAAACAUGCUCUGUGAUUGAGAAUAUGAAUGAAUGAAGACUAAUUUAUUACACAUUCAGUUUAUUGGAUUCAUAAUUUUGACAUUAGUUCCAUGGCCUGGUCCAAGCGUAUUCAAAAUAAGAUGUCCACGAGAUAGUUCUACCAUCGUAAGACAAUUAAUUAAAAAUAAAUGGAUCCCAGUAUUGGAGAAAUACCAAGUCAAAUUACCUUUGGAUUGUCCAUUCCAUUUGAAACGAGAUAUAUUUUACCCGCAAGAGUUGGCGAAACGACAAUACAGACUUUCCCAAUGGACUUGUGCAUUUUGCGGCAAAUCUUUUUACCAAGAGAAACACUUGGAUUUACAUUUCGACAACAGGCACCGCAAUAAAAUUAAUAUGGCUGAAGAUGCCGUCUGCUUAUCGGAUUACUGCGAUAUAAUGAGAUGCGAGGUUUUACAAGCUCAAAACGAAAAAAAGAACGCUUUAAAUGGCGCCGAAUCCGCGCAACUGCACAAAAAUGCAAAAACCACGAUUACAGAUUUGGAAGUUUGGCGAGAACCAACGCAACGUAAUGCGCUUUCCGUGAUAACCGAUUCAAUCAAAAAGCCUGCCGUAGAAUCCGUCAAGAAACCUCAACCUAAGCAACAUAAUUUAUGCGAUAAAUCCGAAGCUCCAAAGACGACUAAUUUUCAAGAGAAUAAUUAUACCGAAAAUAAAUGCGAAACAUUAGUCGAUUCGGUAAUACCGCCUAGACAGCGGUUCGUUGAACUACAAAAGCUCAAAGCCAAUUGUAAGGCAGAAGAUUUACUCAAAUUAAAGCACAAAUGUGAGGAUUUAGUGAGAGACUGUAUCGCUGGUUUAUUGGUCAAUUUAUCUGUUCAAGAUUUCAAAGACAUCGAAGAGGAACUGAAUAAUGCUGUGUGUUGGUAUUUGACCUGUGAUCGGUAUUGGGAGGAUACGCAAUCAGACACAAAACAUUUUUCCAGAGGACUGAUUUUCACAGCUGCCAUUUUGCUCAGUAUUGGUGUGAUUUUUUGCUAUUACAUAAUAUGGGUAUUUUACGAUACCGGUGAAUUAGGAAAUUCAGAAGACCUACUAAGACAAAAUCACUCGUAUCGAUACAUGAAACAAUAUUCCGACGAAUAUUAUCCUGCUUCUGACGAGAAUCCGCCCAAUAAUGAGCAUUAUAUAUAUGUAACUUAUCCUCCAGAAAUUAAACGAAAAUUAUUAGACAGCUGCUACAACAGGACCACAAGAUUAUGAAAUAAAAUAUACAACUGUCAUUUUAGGAGAAAUUCGUGACUGCAAUUUUUUUUAAAUAUUUAAACCUUAAGUGGAAGGUACUAUUCAAUUAUUAAAGUGAAGUCAAUACAACACUACAUUUGCUGUGGAUAAUGUACUCAAUAGCAAAAUCUUUUUUCUCUUUUUUCAUAUUAAUAAUAAGCAAAAAUUUAUAAAUUAUUUUGGCACAUUAAAACUAUGAAUUACACAA